AUGAUUGUCAGGAGCCUGGCAACUGGCUGUCCCCCGGUGGCAGCUGCAGUGAGAUCCCACUUUAACAACUGUCCAGAUGCCCACAGUUCCUUUUGCUUCCAUGGGACGUGCAGAUUCCUGGUGCAAGAAGAAGAACCGACCUGCGUGUGCCACUCUGGGUACAUAGGAGCCCGCUGUGAGCACGCUGACCUCCUGGCGGUGGUUUCUGCUGCCCAGAAGAAGCAAACCAUAACCGCUUUGGUGGUGGUUUCCAUCGUCGCCUCCAUUGUGCUGGUCGUGGUCUGCGUCCUGAUACAUUGCUGCAGGAUACGGAAGCACUGCGAGUGGUGCAGAGCAAUGGUUUGCCGGCAUGAGAAACCCACCGGGCUGCUGAAGGGGGCCACGUCUUGCUGCCACUCAGAGACAGUUGUCUGACAAAAACCAUGGAAGGGAACAGCACAGAGUUCGACCUGAGAGGCCUACAGUCUUCUGAAAAAAAGUUUCAUGUGGACAAGAGAGUUUCCAGGGACUUAACCAGGAAGCCAACGCAGUGCAACUUUUGAGGCCGCCUCCGGAUCGUCCCCCGUAACGCUGGGCAUCCAGAACUUUGCUGAAAGAGCUGCGUGGCCGGUGCCGCUUCUGACUAAACCUGUCUGUGGUCUGUGACCACCAGCAAAUCUCCAAGACUUCUUUUUAGUCGAAAUAGAGAAGAGGGACAAUCGGCAGCUUUACAUUUACUGUAAGCACCAGCUUGUUCUGGUUUGCCUUGGAAAAGGUUUAUUUCAUGGAGACUGGAUCCAGCGUUAUCUGAUGGGCUGCCUUGGCUUUGCCUACCUGUUGCAUCUUUGGACUCCUCUCCAGUGGAAGGAUGCUCCCCGUUAGGCCUCUGGGAGUAGUCCCACUCUCCAGUGGGCACUCAGCCCCAAGUAGAAAAAUGCCAGGUAGCCUUGCCCGUGUUUGUAGUGUCCUAUUUGGGGAAGGGAGAGGGGG